GAAAAUCGCCUGAUUAUCUCAACGACAUAUCUCAAUUCUUCACUUUGUUACCUCUUCAUCUCGAAAGAAGUCACAUCCAAGCAUUGCCAAUUGACCGAACCCCAAGGCCGCCAAUGCAUCUCACCUCAGCCCAACAAUGAUCUCCUACGUCAUCGCCCUUGUGGCCUUCCUCGUCUUCUUCUCCGACCCCCUCGUCAACUUUUUCUCCUCGUCCGAUGGCCGAAGCACAAGCAGCCGGAGCCGGGUGGCCCGCACGCCCCGGCCGCAGAUGAACGAGUCCCUGCUGGCCAUCGAACAUGCCAACGCCACGGCCCUGUCGUGCCCGCCCGACAACUACUCUGUGCGCAUAUUUUCCAAGGAGCCGCUGGUGUUGUACAUUGAAGGGUUUUUGAGUGUGGAGGAACGGAAGCAUCUACUUGAGAUUAGCAACCCCAUCUUCGAACCCUCAACAAUAACCCACAACGGCGCAAACACCCACCGCGACACCUCCAUCCGCUCCUCCGACGUCGCCCUCCUCCCGCGCGACGACACCGUCCGCUGCAUCGAGGCCCGCGCCCGCGCCCUGCAGGGUUGGCGCGAGGAUCUCUGGAUCGAGAGGCUGCGGACGCAGCGGUACGUCGAGGGCGGGCACUACUCGUACCAUUUCGACUGGACCGCCAACCGCAGCGGGUGGGGCCGGGUGAGUAGUAUGAUGGCGUGGGUCGACGCUCGAGGCGGGGAGGAUGAGAACGAGAUGCCUGCCGGGACGGGAAACGGGGAAGGGUUGGUUGGUGGCGGGACGGAGUUUCCGUUGUUGGAGGUGAGUGGGUUGAAGAGGGAGGUUUGGUGUCGGUUUGUAGAGUGCGGUGGGAGAGAUGCUGGUGAUGCUGGUGUUGCUGGUGAUGAUGAGAAGAAUCUGGGCAAUGAUGAGCAGGGCAAAGGGACUACCUUUAAGCCUGUCCCGGGAAACGCGGUUUACUGGGAGAACUUCCGUGCUGACGGGAGCGGUGCCGGGUAUGACGAGACGUGGCAUGCCGGAUUGCCGGUCAAGAAGGGCGUCAAGGUCGGGCUGAAUAUUUGGAGCACUGGGAGGAUAGAGUGAAAUGUCAUGAGUCGGAUAUGUUAUUAUAGCACGAUAGCUUCAAUAUA